UUUCAAAUCUGUAGUACAAGAGAAAAAUCUUUAAAGGUUUAACUAUCAUUGUUUCAUUUUUAGGCCGGGAUAUGCUUAUUCAGGGAGGUUAUGGUUGAAAAGAGAGGAUGCUGAAACCCCCAAAGUAGUCCAGACUAUCGUUGCACGAAGUGUUUGCCCUAUGCAAGGCUCUCGUACUUCAACCGAAGCUAGGGAACCGUCGUGUGCUUCGCCUACUUUUCGUCCUGGUUCCAACAGAUCGCAUGGCUGUGCGAGAAGAACGCAAUAUCUGGGAGCUUCUCGGCGUCGGCAAGGACGGGGAGGUGUCAGCCAAGCCGGCGGGGGACAGCGAGACCAACGCCGAGGCGUUUUUGGCGGCCAUACGCAGCUCGGAUAUCAGAAAAAUCCAAAGAAUCAUCGAGAAAGGAAACGAUAUCAAUGCAAAGUUGCUGCCUGAUGGUUCGACCCCGUUACACCUGGCCUGUCGAGAAGGCUUCCACGAUGUGGUGGACUAUCUCAUUGUCAAGGGCGCGGAUAUCAACAUCAGGGAUUCUGCCGGGAAGACAGCUUUGCAAUAUCAAGCACAAGCUGCAAAUAGUACGUUAGCUGCAAAUGGAUCAUUACAAGCAUCGGAAGAACAGCCAGAGGGCGCUGUAGAUGAGGUGAACAACCAGCUGAAGGCAUCAAGGUGCAAUGGCCAGGAUAGCACUGCAAACAAGAGAACGGCUGAAUCAUCUACCACCUCCUCGCUGCCACAGGACACCAGGCCGUCGCUUGCUGCUAGUAGUACUCCCAAUCUGAUGAAGCUGCAUAGCCUAAAACAGGCGCUCAGUACCACGCAGAGCAAGAGAAAGAGAGAAGGGAAAGAUCACAGCUUCUCAAACAGCAAAAGAAUACCCGGUCAGAACGGCGUUCACAGCUAUGGCGACAGUGCCAGAUCCACUACAAGGUGGUCGCCAGAAGCAAAGCGAAUCUCUUCAAAAGACGUGAGCGCUUUUAAACACAUGGGUGAAGAUGAUAGACAUAGCAGAACAGUUGCUCAAUACACGCCAACUCCAAUCUCCACAUUGAACGGAUCCAAAGCAAAAGAAACAGAGACAACCGUUCUUGAUGAUUUGGUAGAAGAGAUGCCAUCUUCGCCUAUGACGGUAACCCUUCCUGGUAGCAUCAUCAAUGCCGUAUCAAAGGUGAACGGAAAUUCGACAAUCCGAAGUAGUAGAACUCCAGAGAACGAUGAGAGAAAGUCUAUGAUGGUAAGGCAUGAGAGUAAAGUUGGUUACAGAGAUCCACGAAUCACAUCAAGAGAAGGGAGGCUUGCCGGUAUCCAUGUAACCAAAGACCCAAGACUCGCAUCAAGGAAAGUCGUUUCCCCGCUGCUGAAAACAGCUUCUGAAUCGUCAUCUAUUAAAUCAAGUGCAGCAGUAUCUAAUUAUGAAAGGGUAAAACCUGUAACUGAAGAAAGUCCUCCGGGAUUUCAGCCAAAGAAAGUGGCAGAGGAGAAAGUAUCUGAAAGCAGUGUUAAUGAUACGGGAAAACUGGCCUCGCAGCAAAAUUCACACGGUGUUAGAAGACACCUAAAGGUGUAUUCAUCAAGAAGAAGCAAAGAGAAAAGAGACGCUUUGGAUUCGAAACAAGAUGCCCGUAGCAUGGCUGAGGAAAUAGCAAGAGACUUGUUGCACAUAAUUCCCUUGUCUGAAACCAAAGCUUCAGCGGUGACGUUACAGUCUUCAGAAAGUGUGAGAUCUGUAAGGACGUUGAAAGAUAACAGUGGUGACACCUCAGAUGAAGAGAACUUGCGUAGACCUCCUCCACUUUUACAUAAAAGCAUUUUGACUGGCAUGCCAAGCGAUGUGGACGCUGAAAGCCAUGACAUUUCUCCCACAAUGACUAGUGGUACAGAAUAUGGGAUGGAAACCCAUCGCAAAUCCCUGGCAAAGAGCGAAGCUGCCGAAAAUGACAACAUGUCCGACCUUACAACUCCGCUCCAGAUCCGUAUUCCUAAACCGAGGGAAGCCAUCUUACAGAGGCACGCCUUGCCUCCUGAACUCAGUCCGCAAGGAGACAGCCACUUGCUGCAGACUUGCACAGGUGAUGAGAACGGACCCUUAGACUUGUCUUUGAAGAGGAAUGGUUCCACCCCAUCCCAUGGACAAUCUACAGGAAGCUCGAAAAUCCGAAAUACCUUGCAGCCGCCCGUCCUCUCCCCGAAACCGAUUCCUCCGAUUCCUUCCGCACUGGAGAUGGCUUCACUUCGCACACGUUCCUCCCCAGCGUUACUGUCCCCUGACAUCGCUCGCUCUCCCGUUCCAAUCAUGCAAGACUCCCCGCUGUCCGAAACAGCACGCCAUUCCCCCAACACAGUCAUGUACAACCCCCUCACCUUGCCAAUAGCAAGAGGCCUUUCAGGCCGACCGGAACAGCCUCAGAUUUUACCCCCUCUACCAAGGAGUGAAAAGAUGAGCCACCCUGGUGUAACCCCAAUUGGAGCCUCAACUGCCCAUGGCAUUCCCAUGGCAACGGUGGUUCCAAGUGUGGUUAGAAACUGGGGAGGGUAUACCCAGAAUGGCAAUGGUAUAUCUGAAGGCGCUCCUACUAGCAAUGUGUUCAUGAGACCAUCAGCAUCUGAUAUGAUGGGUCUUCUGGCAUCAGCCAGUGUGCUCACCCGCAGGACUCCAACGUUAGAGCAGCUGCUGAAGACGCCAUCGAUGGUGAACAAAUCACAGUCUGCUCCCGUUCUGAGCACUGCUGCCACCCCAUCUGCCUCGGUUACCACGGCAAUGCAUCCCAUGAUGGCAACUUCAGUCCAGAGCACGGCAACGGUUAGUUCUCCACCAAUGACAAUCUCUAAGCAUCUCGCUGAGGCAACACUGGUCCGGCCUAUUGCAACGUCAUCCCAGCACGCAACUCACACGGUAACGUCUGCCUUUACUCACGCAGUCCAGCCACUCAAGAGCUCUUCCCAAACUACCGGUUUGCUGAACGUACAGGCAAACACAAUGCCAUCCCUUCAAGCAGCUCUUCCAUUCGACAAGGAGCCUGUCGUCCACGGAGCAUCAACCCUGGUGAAAGCUUAUUCCAACUUUGAGCACGCUCCAGCCAAAACAGCCACCCAAGUACUAACUUGUCAACAAGAUUCUCCUGAGCGAUCAUUGUCACACGACAGGCCUGGUACAGUCAGGAGUACAAAGAGAGAGGUGCAGUUGGAGGGACUGGCUUCUAGAAACAGUGAUGCUAAGAUCUCUAGCAGUCCUAGUAAGGUACACGAAUCGAGUAAGCUGACAGUACCUGUAUCGUCGCCGCACCCUGUUCUCGUGGUGCCACCAAUGGUUGUCGAUUCCGGGUCCUCACCGUCAGAACGUAACAUAUGGUCCAAGUUGAUGCCGCUUGGACCUCCUGCGAACAGUCCGAGGAACAUAGCCAACAGCCCUCGCGACGCACGCGAACAGGAGGUGGCAGAGAUUCUCUCUAACAUGUCCACCCCCCUGGGGUCACCAGCUCCCCCACCCAUGGAGUCACCAUCCCCCUCUCCCCACCCCAGCACUCCGCCAAGAGAGGGAAGGGUUUUGCUGGGGGAGGGAGAGCCCAAACACGUGGGUGCCUUCCCGUGUUUGGAGAGCAUGCUCCAAAAACCUCCAUUGUCACUCUCAGAUAACACACCUGAGGCACCCAAGAUGUCGACCCCAACUAGGACCUUGUGUGCCAUGCAGCAAAGUCAAGUAAAGACCAGGUUCUCCCCUCCAGCUAAAAUCAGAAUCAGCCCGGACUCAAAAGUGAGGACAAGCGUGCCUGCAAAGCUACGACCCGGCACUGACUCGAAAACAGAACAACAAGUUUCUCACAUGACAGAAUCUCCAAACAGAGCAAACGAGCCACUCUGUGGAGAAAAACAACCAAUGCCAACGAUCAAGACAGAACCGACUGAAGCUAAAGCAGGUAAGGAGCAGGCCAAUGUCUCACCAAUGAGACUGUCAAGAUCACCGCACUCGCGACCACCUUCUACCUGCAUCCGAACCACCCCAGCCAACAUCGCUGCUAUUCUAUCGAUGAAGUCCAACAUCUCUCCGCAACGAGCUCUGUAUCCAUUGGUACCCUCCAACACUAACGCCACCACAAAUUCCGUCUCGACGUCUGGACUUCCAUUCACAAAUCUAGGCUUUUCGUUAUCGAAAAUGGGACAAUUGAAUUCCUCCUCUGGCAUUGGACCAAACACCCCGUCUCCUGCGUUUACAAGCAGUACACCUUCGAGCGCAACAGGAGUAUCACAACCGUUAGACUCAAACGUCAAGUACAGCCACUCUCAAACGAGCACACUUCCAGAGCGCAGACCAAGCGUGGAAGGUAAAGUUGUUUCUCAGUGUACGGAUGAAGAUAUGACUCAAAGCCGUGACUUCGACAAAAUGUCGAAGAAAGAAGAAAAGUUGGAUAUCCAUCGUUCAGCCACUGAUCUCCCUACGACUGAAGCAGUUUCUGUUGCUUCAUCACUUGAUGUUUCUGUUGCUUCACCAAGCAACCAAUCAGCUAACAGUCCUCCUGCUCCAGUAAGAGAGCCCUCUGAUAGGUCAGAAAGUGUGACGUCAACACCAGAAGCUAUUGUUGUGCUGGAUACAACAACAACAACAAAUGGGUCUACUAAAAAAUUAAGAAAAUUCACAAAAUUGUCAAACAGAGCAAGAAGACGAGAAGACAGAUUAAAAGAAAUCGCAAGCAAAUCGCAAAGAACUCCUGAAAAGUUGCCUAAAGAGAAGACUAAAGGUCCUAGAGGUUUGACUGUUAUUAAAAGGACUUCUGAACAAGAUGACCAGGACUGUCAACAAGAUAUGUCAGACUACUCCACAGAUAACAGAAGGGACUCAGAGUCCAGCGCUUUCAGUGACGCAGCUGACACUAACAUGGGCGGUCUCCAACGCAGGAGGUACGGGAGACGGUCGGGCCCGCUGUCACCGCGGCAGGAGAGGGAGUUCCGCCGGCUGAAGGACUCGGAAGGGUUCGUCCGAGACAAGAAACCUCCUAAGACGAUGAACCUGUAUGAAGACACGUCCUUGCUGGGCAGGGAACAGAGAUACCUACAGCGUGCCAUGAUGCGCUUCCAAGAGAUGGAACUAGCAGACAAGGGUCUUCCUGUCGAAGCUGUUGUCAGGAAAACUCCCUCGGCCAAGCCCGUUGGAGUGGCGGGUACCAGAGGCAGAGGCGGGCGGUUCGUCAGUUCACGUCCCCCGUGCGUCACGGUUCAGCACCACGGUCCAGACCAACCGCCUAAGCCUGGACAUCCACGGGGGCGUAGAAGAGGGAUGUGGCAACGUGGAGUUGAACGUCCCCGCAAGAGGAAAAGGACUGUUUCCCGGUCAUCAGAGUGCAGCAACACUCCUGAAGCAGCUAGUUGCUCCAACUUGACAAAUGAGGCAAGAAACACCACAACACAGCAGCAGAAGACGGCAGCUCACUCCUCAAGCACCAUCAGUAGGACUACAGGGGCAAAAGAAGAUCCGGAACUGUUUCGCCCAGAGAUGAUCUACAGUAGGAAGAACCACCUAGUGGUCCGUAAGCCGGGUUUCCAGGACUUCUACCCGACCAUCUUACCCACCAGGACCCGGGGGGUGGCCGCAGCCAAUUUCUCCAAGUAUGCCCGUAAGGCCGGCCAGAACGGCACCACCGCCAGUAAGAAGAUGGAGGCCCACCGGAGGGCCCGUCGGCACUGGGCUCGCAAAGCCGCCGCCGCCGAGACUGACGACGACCCGGAGAAGAGUGGCUUCGUCGACCUCAACAACCUCAAGGUCCGAAUCAACCUGAAGGACCUCUACCGAUCCAACAUGGCACAGCAGCGUAAAAAGUUGCUGAAGAAAUGCUGUUCCAGCACAGCAAACGCCAAGGUCAUUCCCGAACAGAUCGAAGCACAGCUGUCCCCGAAGAUCAAGAUCCAGAAAUGUUUGGUAACCGAAGGGCCGUCAUCCAAGGGGAGAUACUUCGCCCGUCGUACUGGAGGUCACCCGGCGUUCACCUACAAGGUGACGUCAUGUAACAUGAGCCCGUCACCUGUCCCAGAAUGCACUGCAGACGUUCCGAAGGAAGAGGCGCAAGAGGUCAGAAAACGGCCAGGCAGGAAGAGGGGUCCGCCGAAGGCUUUGAGGGAAGACGUCGUGAACUUGUCGACGAAACCAGGAGGGAAAAGGAAAUACAAGUCGAGACAUCUGGAGCCAGAGGAAGAACCAAUACCCACUCCUGCAAGAGCCAAAGAGGAGGAAAUUCCGACUGUUGAUAUGGAGCUGAUUCACAUAAAGCAAGAGCCUCUGAGUGAUGAAGAAACUGUGGAGUAUGAUCAACCGGAGGAGGCAGAAGUAGAAGAGGAGGAUGAGGAGGCAGUACCACACCCUGACUUGCCUCCCAUGCCACCUGAGAUGAAGAAGCUCCUCAUACAGAAGAGUUCUGGGGAAACUGUCUUGCACCGAGCUUCUAGACUGGGCUACGAGGAGGUAGUGCGUUACUGUCUGGAGACUCGCUACGUUGAUGUUAACUCCCAGGACAACGCCGGUUACAGUCCGCUACAUGAGGCGUGUGUCAGGGGCCACAUGGCUAUCGUUCAAGACCUGAUACUGUUUGGUGGAGACGUGAACUGUAGCGCUCAGGACGGCACAAGACCCAUCCAUGACGCUGUAGAGAACGACCACGUGGAGAUAGUGCGGAUGUUGCUGAGUUACGGCGCGGACCCGUGCCUGGCCACCUACUCCGGCCGCACCAUCUCCUCCCUCUGCCGCAGUGAGACCAUGGAGAGGUUCAUCACAGAACAUUUCCGAGACCUGGCGGGUCGAGAAGAGAACGACAGUAACGAGGGAACUUGGGAGUUCAGCGGAUCGUGUGCCAUCAUGGAAGACCGGUCGGAAGGGAACGGUAUGGACGUCUUUGCCGACAUUCCGAAGGAGGAGGAAUCUGAUCUUGACGACUUGGAGUUUGAAAUCUCAGAACGUCCCCAUCUACCAUCGUACAAUCUUCUUAUCGAUCUCAGAGAGGGGUGCCGGAACUACUUACUUGUCGAUGACGUCAUCACCCAGCUAGAGAUCUCACGUGACCAGCUCAUGACCAAACUGGCCAAUCAGACUCCCGUGUGCGUGAGUAAGAGCAGCUUCCUCUCACAGAUCUCCGAGAGCCAAGUAACUGAAGUUCCCAGCGGAUUCGUGGCGUGCUCUGGUUCGGAGGAACAGGCGAGAAACAGCCCUCCCCUAUCGGCCUCCGAUUCAACUUCUCCCGGCGCCGUCCUUGAAAAAGAUCAAGAAGUUCCCGGUGGAACAUCCUUCGCUAAGAGCUUCCCCUUUGGAGAACGUAAAGUGCCCGACCAAGCACACGUUGCAGAAAACAGCAUCAGUUCACCAAGUGGUGACGUGGAAACAAAACUGGACAGCGAGACCACGCUUGAAUCGUACGACUAUGACGUGAACCUAGAGAGAGAAGGUGAGAGAAACUUGUCGGACACAUUGCUGACCAUUGGCGACUUGAGGGAAGACGCCCGACACACGGGCGACUGUCGUACGACAGUCGUGCAAGAAUCACAGGAAAGACAAGAACAGCUUGACGUAGAACGUGAAAACGUUGAUGGAGGUUAUUCAGUUGAGGAGAGCGCUUCAAGUAUCCAAGUAGCAAAACGUGAAGGCCAAAACUCUUGUGUAUUUGCAAACGUCAACGAUCAGUCACUUUGCAGAAAGACAGAAGAAUACACAGACAAUGAAGCAAACCAGCCUUUCAGUACCAAGGACAGUUUUGAAGGAUGCGAGAUACAAACAGCAAGAAGUGAGGGAAAUCUGGAUACAGGGAAGAAGAUGGUCGACAGGACUGGAGAAACGUACAUCGUAACCGAGAACGAAGAAUCCUCGGUGGGUCAAAACACAGACGUCCAGGAAAACCAAGAUGACGAAGACGCGCAUUGUUCUCAAACUGAAGGAAAUUUGGAAAAUGAUGAUGUGUUGAUGGAAGAAAUUGAAAGCGUUGAUGAAAGGCAAAGGAGGGCAGAGGAGCAACUGUUCGAAGAAACUCACGAAACAAGCUCUACUUGUGGGUCAAGUUCUGGGACACAGACAAACAUGACCGACGUGACAGACAAUACAGAUAACGAUACUCGUCAUGCUAGCAACAGUCCGCCAUUGUCAGACAUCGCUGGAAGUAGUAGUAACGGACAUAAUCAGUCGCCUAUUUCGUUCGGAACGGAAAAUUCCAACGUUUGGCAAGAUACAAACAGCAGUAACCAAUCGAAUGACGUACUUAUAGGCCAAUCAGGACACGAGCCAGCUGGCAGCCAAUCAGAACUGAGCGUUGAUAGCGACAGAGCAAAUCUAUUGGUCAAGCUCGGAGCCAAUGAGGAUGCGGCACGAACAGAAUCCGUUGUGACGAAGUACGCAGAUGGAAUGGUGUGCAGUUUUGAGACAGCGUCCAGGAAAACCGAAGAGUCUGUUGUGGAGUUGUUGGAAUUGACUUCCGGCCUCAAAGAACUUCUUGGAAUUCUUACCGAAAAGCUGUAGAGUUGAACAAGUCAAAUUAUAACUGUUUUGUUACGUAUUCUGUUAUUAAAGGCAUAUAUAGGUUAAAGCACACAACACACGGAGAGUCAUCUUGUUGUUACAGAAGAGGUUGGACUAACCGUUGGAGUAUAUAGAUACUUGUAUCUAACUCUACUUCACCUUUUUCCGCGGGGUAACCUAUAUCCGUUGUUUUGAAAACGGGUUCUUCAGGGAUAUUAGGUUGACGAACGGUGGAGUCAAAUUGCCAUGCAACAAUAUGUAUCCCAAAAUACCCUAUCUAAAAAAGAACGCAUAUAGGUUACCCCAUGGACAAACGUGAACUAGCGUUACUAGGAGUGGUCUCAGUGGUGCAUUUUCUUAGUAUUUCCAUUUAACGUUUCUUGACAUUAGCACAUAGUGUGUGUAUAAACGUAUACACGAAUAAUUGUACAUGGCUGCUUUGGUUCACUGCCCGUAGUAUACUUUAACGUGUAUAUUUUUGGUGUGUUUAUUCCGGAGUUGGUUUUCAGCUGUAAAUAUUCGCGUUUGGUGUUUUGUUUGUUUAUUAUAGUUUCAAUAGGGCAGUGAGGUUGUACAAAUAUUGUACAUAAUGUUUAUGGAAGGUACAAGUAAAUCAGACACGUUAUUAGAAAGAAGAGUACAUAGUGUAAAGAUUUCUAUGAGAGAUUUUUUGACUGAAAAUAUAUAAAAGGUACAGCUAAAAAGUUCUUGUAUAGAGGGCAGUCUUCCGAAGGAUUCGAAAGUGGUUCCACGGAAAAGCAGAGGUUAUAUUGUUACAUUUGCGAGAACGUAUUACAAUCAGACAAUAAAGAACACAUACCAGCUUC